AAUUGUAAAGUAAUGGGCUGUUAUCCAAUGCAAUUGCAACCUUGAAUUUUGGAAUUUAGAAAACCUUGUGUUAAUUUACUUAAAUAACACGUAUUCAUCAAAAAAAUAAUAGUUUAGAAUUGGAUGGACUUUAAAUUUUUGUAAAAUUCUUUAGAGAUAAUGCUUAAUUAUCAUGAUCUAGGAGCGACCAUUUGUAGUUGUGGUAGUCCCAAGUAGGUAGUCGGUUGUGCCUUUAUUACAGUGUAACAAAUUUAAUCUGAUUUAAUUGUUUGUGGGCACUGUGGUUAUUAAAAUGUUAAUUUCACGGACUGCAGUGUUUUUAGUUUUUAUCGUAAUAAAUGCCUGUGGACAACAAAGUGAUGUGAAAGAACCUCAGUCUGGUGAUUCUUCAGUGAAGAAGGAGCAGCCUAACUUGGAUAAAUCAAGUGUUAAAAUUGGUAGUUCUGGAUUUAGUGAAUUCAAAGCCUAUGUUCUAGGUAGCGGAGAGUCACAGUGCAAUGAUGAUCUGGCCUGUUUGACAAUGGCAUCAAUGGAUCGUCAUGGUCUGGAGGCUAUCCGCUCCCUGCAUCGGCAGCUGGAUGAUGAUGCCAAUGGAGCUGUCGACUUGUCAGAAUCCGAUGAAUUCCUCCGAGAAGAACUUCAAUAUGAAAAUGGAGCAGAAAAGAGACAGCGAGCUUUUCAUAGAAAUGAUGAUAUGCACAUAUCUGUCAAGGAACUAUGGGAGGCUUGGGUCCGAUCUGAAGUACACAACUGGACAGUGGAACAGACAACGGAAUGGCUUGCCUCUUCUGUAGAACUACCACAGUAUGUGCCUAUCUUCAUUAUGCAUAGAGUCACAGGUGCUACGCUGCCCAGAUUGGCUGUAAGCAACAUGCAGUACCUCAGCAAUGUCCUGGGCAUCAAGGACCCGAUACACAAACAAAAGAUUGCCCUCAAGGCUAUGGAUGUUGUCCUCUUUGGGCCACCUAAGGAUUAUACCAACUACCUGAAGGACCUGAUCCUAGUAACACUGCUGUUGGGAGCUCUGAUUGGGUGCUGGUACGCCUACAGACAGAACAAGAAUUCAAGACGUCACCUCAGGAGGAUGAUGAAAGACAUGGAGAGUUUACAUAAAGCUGAACUAGCCCUUGAAAAUCUACAGAAAGAGCUUGAGAGUGCUAAACAAGAGAAGGAAUGUGCAACAACAGAAAAGCAGGAUUUGGAGAGGAGACUACAAGAACAGAGAGAGGAUGCAGGAGAAUUAAGAACCUCAUACUCAGAUCUGGAAGUGUCACAGCUUAAAGCCGAGAUUGAGAUGCUGCGCAAUGAGCUUCAGAGGGCGGAAGGGGAACUGAAAGAUUGCUGCUGGGCACCACCCCCAGGCCUGCAACAGUGGCUGCAGCUCACACAUGAGAUAGAGAACAAGGCUUACAUCAAGAAGAAAAUAAAUGCUGAGAAGCAAUUGCAGCAGGCACGGGAAGCCUGUGAGAAGCUACGGAAGAAGCGCUCAAGUCUAAUUGGAGCCUUCGCUUCCACACACGGAAAGUCUAUCGAUGAUGUUGACCGCAGUAUCGUUGAGGCCAGGACUUCACUGAAUGAGGUGACACAGGAACUGGCAGAACGAUGUCACAGGUGGAAGCAGAUUGAGUUGUUGUUAGGCUUCAACAUCAUCAACAACAGUGGACUGGCAGUACUGGAAAGCUUAUUGUAUCGCAAUCAGGCCAAUGGGCGUGGCGCAGGGCUCAGAAGUCGAAUGAGCAGCAGUCAAGAUGACUUAGAUGAUGAUACAAGCUCGUAUUCACCAACGGCAGUCAGGGACUGGCUUGUCAAGAGCGACAUGGCUGUUGCAGACCGUGGUGGAGUUGAGUCUCAAGGUUGGAAGGAAAGCGAGUCGGAGAGCGAGAAACAAGAAGACGACGAAAUACUGACCUCUCGCUCUGCCGCCAAUGUUCAAUUCACCAUUGGAAGUGAAUUGGAGGAGGUUGUGCCACCAAAAUUACCUCAGUAUGCACGUUCUGACUCGGGCAGGUCCAGUGCUCGAAUACCUCGGUGGCAAAGUCAAGACAUUGAACCUCUAGGCGCAGACCGUGAGGCAACAACAGUUGGACCGAAAAUGUCAGCCUCAGAAACAAACCUGGAAGCGCAAGCCAUCGCACCUCCCCGAAUGAGGCGAACCGCACGACGCAUGGAUCGAGAUCCUUCUGUAACACAAUCGAUCGAUGAUGACCCUGCUUAUUCUACAGACUCCAAUUCUACUGCUGCUGAAGACUCGGACAAACUGAAGUCCAAGAAACACAAGAUUUCGUUCCCAAAGUUCUCCCGCAAGUCCCGACAGACUCCCCCGCCUUCGCUGCAGCCUCUUCCAAAAACCACUUAUGGUUGCAGCAAUUAUCUAUGUCAGGAGCUAUUGGAAAUGUGAUUAUUUCAAGACAUACUUAAUGCUUGCUUCUGGCUAAGACAUUGUAAAAUUUAUUAUUUAAGUUUGUGUGUUGUAUUAAAAUAAAUAUAUGACUGUAUGUAAAAAUGCAUAACUGUCCGUGAAUCUAAUUUUAGGAAAAUAAUAAUUUUAUACUAAAUACCUUUUUAUAUUCAGGAUUGAAGUAAGAAAUAGUUAUUAAUCAUGUUGUGUCAAUUUGCUCAAUUGUUUGAUUUGAAAAGAGCAGGCGACAAGUUAUCUUGUUGCUCAUCAUUGCCCGUUUAUAUCUCAUUCUUUCACAUUAUAUAAUGUUUUGUUUAGUAUCUAGACUAUGUGGGCAUUUUGUGCUUCUAUUGAGUUGAUGGUGUGAUCAUCAGUUGAUGUGUUUGUUCCUAAGGCAGGAUAUUGAAAACCUCGGUGGCCAUUGGUUUGCUGUAAUGUAAAAUAAAAGAAAUUGUUUAAACAUUUGUUAAAAGGUUAGUUGGGAAAAUAAUUAGCUUUAAAAUGGUUUUAUUUACAUAUUAACCAUUGAUAAAACUAUUUGUAUGCACGUUCAGACUAAGAAUAGUUAUCAAGAAUUUGAUUGUUAUUAAUCACAAGGCAAAUAAAAUAUAAACUAUCAAAAAUCGAAUAAGUCAGUAAUAAUCUAAAAUUAGGGUAAAAUCUCAUUGCAUAUAAUCUUUGGAAUUGAGAAGAGAAUGAUGUUAUGAGAAAAGUUAAAUUUUGUUGCCCCUAAGUUAACUGGUAACUACUCCAGUUAAAUGUGAAGGAAACAGGAUUUUUCCGGACAUUUGCCAUCGUCAAAAAUAACCUUCAAACAAAGAAUUGAUUCCAGUUAAAUGUUAACUAAUUCAAAAGUACCAGACCUCCUGGGUGGAUGGCUGAUCAAUCAAUCAAUAUCAAUAUUUCUUUAUUACAUGAACAUUAAGUACAGUAAUAUAGUCAAACAUAGUAUAAUGUAAUAGGAAAAGUCACUUAGGUGUUUGUUGCAUCCAGGAACUCCUCCAGGGUGUAGAGUGGAGUCUUGACAAGGAAUUCUUGAAGUGCUUUCUUCAGUGCGUUUCCAGUUAGCAAUUGGAAGUCUUCUGGCAGUUGAUUUCUGAGUUUUCGUCCUAUGUAGGACGGUUUUCUUUCAAAGAGGGCUAUUCGAUGGCGGGGUAGAACAUAUCUGGAGGCAUGUCGUGUGUUGUAGUCAUGGAAAUUGUUGUAAGUGUCAAAAUUGAGUCUGUCGACAUGUAGAAUUGUUUCGUAUACAUACAAGGCUGGUACAGUUAGAAUGCCUAAAUUUGGAUAUGCUUCCCUGCAGCUUUGUCGAGAUUCAAGAUUGGCGAGGGAUCUAAUUGCCUUUUUUUGAAGGGUGAGUAUCCUUUUCAGGUUUUCAGUAGAGCUGCCCCAGAUGAUAAGACCAUAUCUAAUGUGGGACUCUACCAGUGCGUAAUAAGCAGCUUUGACGGAUCCCUGAGUACCCACUGAUUUGAGUCGCCUCAUAACGUAUAUGCCUGCGCAUAUUUUAUUGGAAAUGGUGCUCACAUGAUGACUCCAUGAAAGUGUACUAUCGAUAGUCAGGCCCAGAAAUUGUGUUUUAUCAACUACUGAUAUGUCUGGAAUAUUUGUUGGUAUUUCCUUUUUCCUACUGAAAUGCACUUGCGUUGUUUUAUUAGGAUUUAUUGCCAGAUCAUUCAGUGCACUGUAUUUGAUGGCUUGUUGGAGAGAAGUCAAGGAGUUAAGGGAUAAUUCAUCUGCUGUGUCAUUUUUUAUAAGAAGGGUAGUGUCGGCUGCAUACAUUAUGCAGUCAGUACUGGAGCUGGCGAUGAAAGUAGGGAAGUCAUUAGUUAGAAGAAUAAAAAGAACUGGGCCAAGUACCGAUCCUUGAGGCACACCUCGUGCCAGUGGUUUUGGAGUUGAUGUGUACGAUCUGGUGAUGCAAGAUUCAGUAUGCUGUACCUCCACAAGUUGUGACCUUCCUCGGAGGUAGCUGGAGAACCAUUUGUUCUCUAUGCCUCUUACUCCCAGAUUUUCCAGCUUUUUUAAGAUUAGGUCAUGUCCCAGACAGUCAAAAACCUUGCUGUAGUCAAGAAAUUGGGCUGUUACGUACUUUUCGUCAUCUAUGCUGUCAAUGAUUGAUUCUACUAGGCUAAUAAUUGCUGAUAUGGUUGAUUUUCCUUUUUGUAAUCCAUGUUGGUUGACUGUGAUUAGGUCAUGUUGUUUAAGGUAGGCCAUCAAUCGCUUCAGAACAAGUUUCUCUAUGAUUUUUGCAAAUGUAGAUAUUAGCGAGAUGGGUCUAUAGUUCUGAGGGUCUGAUUUCUUCCCUUUCUUGUGUUUUGCAUAGACCUUUGACACUUUAAGCCUUGAUAAUUGUGUGACCAAUCCGGUUAUGAGAAUAGAGAAGGGAUCCUUCUGAGACCGUCACCUGGCAUUUGCUGUGCUCCGCUCAGUAAGUGCGUCACAAGCAGAAGUGGUUGCAUUACAUUUCACUAUGACUGAAUUCUUAAACAAAGGUUAGCAUGAAGUUUUGCCAGAAUUUGAACAUUCUGCUUUAGAGAUGCUGUAAUCUCUAUGAUAGAUGAAGCCUUGGGUGAGGCCAAUUUAUGGGUAGAUACUCAAAUAAGAAAAUGGUGUAGGUGAUUCGAAGAUGGCUGCAUUUGAGUUGAGAGUGACCUGUAACCUGCCAAGCCUGUAAAGGCCAGAAGUCUUUCAAACUUUGAAUGUAUUUUUGCUUGCAUAGUCAACGAAAAUUGUCAUUUAACUAUGGGGAAUUGUAAAAAGAUCGUAGCAUCUCAAAAUCUGCAGUUUGCGAAAUUUAACAUGAAGAUUUGAAAAUGAACUGUUUCUGGAUAUUUGACAGUUUUGCAGGCUGGCCACAUCAUGGGUUAUCCUCCACUCAAAUAUGGCCAUCUUCUCUAAACACUAUUUUAUCUAAGUAUCUCCCAUAGACUCGACGUCACAAGAUUUGUAAAUCACAGAGAUGAUCUCUGAAGCAGAUUGGCCAAGUUUCUCCAACCUCUUUGCUCAAGACUUCAGUCAAAAUGAAAUGCGAUGAACGUACAUAUAAUAAAAAUAAAUAUGUAAAUUAAUAAUAGGUAAAUUCAAUUCAAUAGUCUUUGUAGACCAUAAUUGUGUUUUACAACAAAGAAAACGUUUAUUGCUAAUCUUGUAAAGGGCAAACUAACUUACUCCUGUUCCAUGAGACCCCUUAUAUGAUAGCAAAUCUUGACAUUUUAUAAAUAAGAGCAGCAAGGCUUUGCUAAUUAUUACUCACUUUACUUUGCAGUAACAACACACCCUUGUGGUGUAAAACAUAGCAUCAUUGUUUUAUCUGGUAUAAUAUCUUCAAGCUUUAUGCUAAAUAAUUUACAGUACAAGUAUGUAUGUAUUUAAUAAUUUUCUUCUUGUUCUGAACUAAUUGAACUCAAAACUUAAGUAGUAAGCAUAAGUUACUGUGUAUUCUUUCUUCCAAGAAUGCAAUAUUUAAUUUUUAUUUUUCAGAUUUUAAUGUAAACUGCAUGCCUUAUAAACACUCUGUUAUGGGUCAUAUAACAGAAUAUUUGGAAUAUUAAUAAUUGUUCAAAAUGUUUCAAAAUGCUUACCUGUAUAUUUUGAUAACCUGUCUGAAAACAAUGCGGUAAGUACUCAGUGUUUUGAUCAAUCCAUUAGAUCAGAUGUUAGUAGUUCAAAACCAUUGACAUUUGAAAGAGAAGAGGAAAAUUCUUUAAUAAUAUAAAUCAUAUUGUAUUGCUUUGUUUAAUUAAUUAUUAUUUGUUUUCUGUGAUUGAUUUAUUAUUGUUUUAAACUUGUAUGACUGAAAUUUUGUAUGAAUUACAAUACUUUAUAAAUUUAUAUAUGUAGCGUAAUUAGUGAAUAAUAUUCUAAUAUAAAGAUACAAAAUUCAAAUUUACCCAAUUACUGCCAGCUUUAUUAAAGUAAAGGAGGACUUUUAUGGCUAUGAAAUAAAAUGAAUCUAUCAAAUCUUUGUUCUUAGUUAAAUUAUUAAGAUUUGUUUGUAAUAAAUUUAUUUUUCACCAUAGUAACUCAAAAUCUUAGCAUUAUAUUAUAUACUUUCCUGUUGUUAAAUUCCAGAUUAAAUUUGAUCAUUUGUAUUUGCAAUGUACCAUUUAUCAAAAUGCAAUUUAUAUCAUUGCCAUACUUAGCCAGUUGCAAACCCAUUUAUCUAUUUAUUUAUUGUUAAUUUUAAAUAUUUUUAUAAAGUUCUAAUUUUUAUGUGAAUGAACUAUUCCUUAAUAUUUUGUUUUGAGUGUUUCAUUACAAGCAAUAUUAAUGUUUGGAUAAUGAAUUGUUUUUAGUUAAGGACAACCAAAAAACAAUUGAAUUAAUAAUCAAUUUAAAAAAAUGUUACAUAUUUACAAUAUUUUAGCUUUCCUGGGUUUUUAUUGUUUUUCAAAAAAUAUAUAUUUUGUAUACAAAAACAUGUACAUAAUAGCUUGUCAUUUUUGCAAAAUAUUGUGUUAAGACACUUUAGUUCUUAGGUUCCUGUGAUGACGCUAGUUUAUUUUCACUGUGUAUAUUUUAUUAAAGUGUGUUAUAUUAUAAGUAAAUUAGUGUAAUUAUAGCUACUUAAUUAUUUAUUAAUUAGGGCUUAAUUUAUCCAAAAUAUGAUAACUACCUGUUACUUAUUACCUAUAAAAAUUUACCUUAAGGUUAUUUGCUGAUGAGCUGGUUCCAGAGUUAUAAUAAACUUGUUUCUUUGA